UAUAUCUGUGCUUUUUCUAGAAAGUUGAAAAGCGUAACGUUCCAUUAUAGGAACGAAUAGCGCGAAGAUUAUAAAGAAAGAGGAAACGGACGAGGCGAGUUUUGUUCAUGCCGAGUGCAGGUCGAUGUUUCAUCUUUUACUUCGUGUUGGUGUUCGUCGUAUGUCUGGCUAAAGAUGCUCACAUCGUGGCCAGAUGGGCGGAUAAAUUGGGUACUGAGUUAUGGGAACUCGCGAACGAAGUGGGCCGGCCCGAGGAAUUGCUAGAAAAAUACAAAAACAUGAACGCACGAGUUGAAGAUAAGUCCGGAGAAGAGUUGAUCAAUAUAAUUAGCGAAAAUGUAGGUAGGAUGUUGCGUCGAAAGAUGGACGCAAUCACCUGCAUUCGAAUAGCAGCAGAAGAGGCUGCGGAGAACUGGGACCCAUCUCUCCUAGACGGCAACUUCUCCUACGUUUCCGGCAAAUGUAGUCCUGUCAUCGGUUAUGAUUCAGCAAACAAGAAGAAACACUGUGACAUUCACAAGAAGAAUGUGAACGUGUUCAGAGACAUGGAACUGAUUUCGGACUCGCACUUCUACGACAUUCCGGUAAAUACGACUUACUCAUCGGUUCAUAUACCAACCAACGUGUACGAUCUCACGCAAGAUGUAGCCGAAGAUAUUGCGAGGACUGAACCGUUGGACAAUAUAUUUCGUCAGAAUUACGAAUCCGAUCCGGCAUUGUCAUGGCAAUACUUUGGUACAGUCACUGGUAUACUCCGACAAUAUCCUGCUAUGCAAUGGCGAACGAAUCCUAAAGAAACCAACGAUAAUGAUGACGAUGAUAAUGAUAAUACAGUUGAUAAUAAUAAUAAUAAUAAUGUUAGCAAAAAUAAUAACGGAGACAUCGAUGAUGUUAAUGAUGAUGACGACGACGGUGACGACGAUGAUGAUUCUCCCGCUGAUCAAUACGACUGCAGAGUACGUAGUUGGUUCAUCGAGGCGGCCACGUGCAGCAAGGAUAUGGUGAUUCUAAUGGACAUCAGUGGCAGCAUGACGGGUUUUGGAAAGACGAUCGCAAAGACGACAGUGAACUCGAUUCUGGACACCUUAUCGAACAACGAUUUCGUCACACUGCUAAAAUAUAAUAACGGGACGACCGAAUUCGUGCCGUGUUUUAAGGAUAUGCUGAUUCAAGCCACUCCAGAAAAUCUCGAUACAUUCAAAAAAUCCAUGAACGAGAUUGAUCCAGAUAACGUCGCCAAUCUCACGGAGGCCUUCACUAAAGCAUUCAGUCUACUUAAAACUUAUCGGGAGGAACGCGGUUGCGACUCACCGUGUAAUCAGCUCAUCAUGCUUGUUACUGACGGUGUUCCUGGAGGGAAACUGGGGAAUAAUCUAAAGGAGGUAUUCAAAAAAUGGAAUUGGAAUGAAAAUAGUACUCAUGUACCGGUGCGAGUAUUUACAUAUCUUAUAGGCAAGGAAGCGACAAAGAUGGAUGAACUCCAAUGGAUGGUAAGAUCGUGUCUAAAUCGUGGCGAUUACAAGCACAUACAGACUCAGGAGGAAGUGCGCGAACAAGUGCUCAAGUACAUUCCAGUUGUAGCGCGUCCUUUGGUACUUCAGAGUGUGGUACAUCCUAUCGUGUGGACGCACACUUACGUUGACAUCACGAAUCCAGCACUUGCCGCUUGGCUAUGGUGGGUGAUGAAGCACGGGCAACAAAAGUCGCGACUGGAAAAAUAUCUUAAAGGAAAACGGCUGGGCGUGCGAAUAAACGAAGACGCAAUCUACAUACAGCAGCUGCACAAGGACGAGAACAUUGAGGAAGAUUCAUCCACCCUGAACACCACAACCUGGCAAGAAUACAGUCUGUUGACUUCCGUGAGCACACCUGUGUUUGAUCGUAAGAGCAGUCGCAACAACAUGACAGAUGCAGCGAAUGACACACUGUUCGGUGUGGCCGGUACAGACGUGCCGAUUGAUGACAUCCGCAAACUUACGUUGCCGUAUAAACUCGGUGUGAAUGGCUACGCCUUUAUUGUAUCUAAUAACGGCUAUGUGAUAUUACAUCCAGACCUCCGGCCAGUUUACAAAGGCCGGCUUAAAUUGAACUAUAACAGCAUUGAUCUCACGGAGGUAGAGAUACUUGACGACAGACGCGAGCCAAGGAAUCCGGGUCCCGAAUUAUUGGAGCUGAGAUCAGCGCUGGUGAAUCACAAGCGAGGUAACAUGAUGGGGAUUCCCGUGAAAUUACAUUAUGAUAACAAUCGUCGGGUCAACCUUGAGAAACGUGACUAUUUUUAUGCGCCCCUACCUGGUACUCCAUUUGGUCUUGCGGUUGUUUUACCCAAUUAUGGAACUACCUGGAUUAAGGUCGGCGAUGAGAUUCGCAGAAAUCAGAAUAUGAAUGUAAAUGUGUCGGAUUAUUUUGUGGGCGAUCAUUGGCGCGUACAUCCUAGCUGGGUAUAUUGUCGUUACCAUUAUUUGGAAGGUCAUGAGUUCAAUAAGCCGGAAGACGAGUUACGUCAUUUUUUGGCGCUGAUGAGCCAGCCUGGUUGGCGCUGGUCUGAGCAAUAUGAGGCUUAUUCAUCUAUAGAUGAAGAUGUUGAUGAACAACCCAACUGUGGCAGACAAACGCUCAAACACGAUGACUACUAUUGCAACAAAGAACUUAUGCAGUUGCUUGUAUUUGAUGCCAAGGCGACGAACAACAGCUUCCACGGUGACUAUAUGGAGAAUUUACCUCCAAGGGCUCAGGAUCUCGCACAUCACUACGGUAUCUUUAUAAGAUUUAUCGCGACGCAAAGCGGGCUCACCAGGUGGCAUCAUCUUAAAGCCAGCAAACUGCCGAAUAUGGACAACAGUGUUGUUUUCGGUGAUCUUCAUAGACGAGCAGUGAAUGAGCCUUGGUACAAAGGCGCGAUCUUUCAAAGUGAACUAGAUUCCGAAAGUAUUUCUUUAUCUGUUCCAUGGGAAGCAGGCGCGGACGCGAUAGUGACCGCUUCGAUGAGCCUGUCACCCAAGGAUGGCGGCAAGAAAGCGCCAGCGGCUGUAGUGGGUUUUCAGAUGCCGAUGAAAGAUCUGUACAAGCGGUUCAUUGCAUUGACCUCAGACAAUCAGACGACGAAUACGAUAAUAAAUUGUGCCCACAAUUGGAUUGACUGCUAUUUGCUAGAUCAAAACGGCUAUGUAGUGAUCUCAGACGCACAUAAUGACACCGGACAAUUUAUGGGCACUCAGGAGGGUGCCGUCAUGCUAUCCAUGGUCAAACAGGGUCUUUACAAUCCGGUCGAUAUCUAUGAUUAUCAAGCAUGGUGUCAGGAGACUCGAAUCGAUAACUCUGCCAACAGCUUAAUGGAACCGUUGCAACAUGUUGCAAGAUUGUUGCUCUGGUUUCUGUUGCGGUUGAUAUGGUACGCGACCCAGUUUGUAAACUUGCCUGGCAUUUAUGGCAAAGUCCACUUCGAUGAGGAUGCACCAGAUCCGCCGCCACCACCAAAACCCUUCCUUUAUCACUAUCCCUGUGAUCAAAAGCGAACACUCUAUAUGUUGAACGAGACCGUUGCUGCUAAAGGUGUCACCAAUCACUCCGAUUACUGUUCGCGGCCUUUUUAUGCUCAAAGAGUUGCACAUACUAAUCUAUUGCUAGUUGUGGUGGACAGUAUGUACCCAACGUGCUACAAAAGAUUAGAAGUAACACCUGUCAACAUCUCACCCCUCGAGUACACAAAUAGCACGGGCGACAAACCCUGUCACAAGAUUCCAUUGAACACUCUAAAAAGGCGCAGGCUGAAUUGCUUCACAGAACAUCCUCUGGAGCAUGUGACUUAUGGCUGCGGAGCAUCUGAACUGAUGGUGUCUCUGUCACUGUUAUAUAUCACUGUUGCUAGGAUUCUGUAUAUCUUCGUAUGACGGCAAAUUAGCCAUCCUUGGUAUAUGAUCUUUUAUUCAAGAAGAUAUUCUAUUGUGGCUUAUAUUAUAUCCGAAGUAGGAAAGAAAGGCAAAAGAUAAUUUUUUUGCGUUAUGAUACAACACUUAAAAACGACAUGCAUAUACGAAAUAGUACACAUCGACGAUGCACCAAAUUUGAUGAACGAUUUUUAUUAACGAACAUAUCCAAAAUAGUAACAAAUUUA